CUUACACAACUGUGCCUUUCUUCAUUCUGCCUGCUUCUCCUCGCCGGUGUGUGGAAACCACUACACGUUUACUCAUUUUAGAUUUUUAACCAAACCACGCCAAGGAAAUGAGUGGGGACCAUUCCCACAAUGAGGACCAGAUUGACGGUGGCUCUCGUUUCAAUGACUCCCACAAGCAUAAAGACAAGCAACACAAACAUAAGGACCACAAGAAGGACAAGGAACGAGAGAAAUCGAAGCAUGGCAACAGCGAUCACAAGGACUCCUCUGACAAAAAGCACCGAGACAAGGAGAAGGAAAAGAUGAAGCACAAAGAUGGCAGCGCAGACAAACACAAGGACAAGCACAAGGAGAAGAAGAUGAAGUCGCUUGACGGUAAAGUGAAAAAGGAAAAGGAGAACGGCUUUGCCAGCCCUCAAGUAAAGACUGAGCCGGAGGAAGAUUUUUACCACUCGCCUAAAAUUGAGAAGACUCUAAAAAGAGAACGUGAUGUUGAUAUUGAUUCUGAAUUCAAGCCCAAAAAACUUAAGAUUGAAAAUGACAAGAAGGUAAAGAAGCGGAAACAGGAGGACGAGGACAUCAAGCCCAAAAAAACAAGAAACAAGCCAGGAGUUGCUGAUGGUAAAAAGAAAGCAAAGAACGAGCCAGAGGAGAAGUGGAAGUGGUGGGAAGAGGAGAGAGCCACAGACGGCAGCAAAUGGAAGUUUCUUGAACACAGAGGGCCCGUGUUCGCUCCGCCUUACGACCCACUUCCUAAUAAUAUCAGAUUUUUCUAUGAUGGUAAGCAAAUGAAGCUGAGCCCAGAGGCGGAAGAGGUGGCCACGUUCUUCGGCAAAAUGCUCGACCACGAUUACACCACAAAGGAUAUCUUUCGUAAAAACUUCUUUAAAGAUUGGAAGAAGGAAAUGAAUGCAGAGGAAAAGGGUAAGAUAACAGAUUUGAAGAAGUGCAACUUCUCCGAGAUAAACGACUACUUCAAGGCUCAGUCUGAAGCCAGGAAGGCCAAGACAAAGGACCAGAAACUGAAAUUAAAGGAGGAGAACGAGCGCCUCCUGCAGGAGUACGGCUUCUGCAUCAUGGACAACCACAGGGAGCGCAUUGCUAACUUCCGCAUCGAGCCCCCGGGUCUGUUCCGAGGCCGUGGAGACCACCCGAAGAUGGGCAUGCUCAAACGCCGCACCCGGCCCAAAGACAUCAUCAUCAACUGCAGCAAGGACUCAAAGCACCCCGAUCCCCCUCCAGGCACCAAGUGGAAAGAGGUUCGCCAUGACAACAAGGUGACCUGGCUGGUGUCGUGGACGGAGAACAUCCAGGGCUCCAUCAAAUACAUCAUGCUGAACCCCAGCUCCAGGAUCAAGGGCGAGAAGGACUGGCAGAAGUAUGAGACGGCUCGCAGGCUGAAGAAAUGUGUGGAACGCCUCCGAACCCAGUACCGCGAGGACUGGAAGUCUAAGGAGAUGAGGAUCAGACAGAGAGCCGUGGCACUCUACUUCAUCGACAAGCUGGCGCUGAGAGCGGGUAACGAGAAGGAGGAAGGAGAGACGGCCGACACCGUGGGCUGCUGCUCUCUGAGAGUCGAGCACAUCAAACUUUACCCAGAGAACGACGGACAGGAGUUCGUGGUGGAGUUUGACUUCCUGGGUAAAGACUCCAUCCGCUACUACAACAAAGUCCCUGUGGAGAAGAGGGUGUUCAAGAAUCUCCAGCUGUUCAUGGAGAACAAGGAGAAGGACGAUGACUUGUUUGAUCGCCUGAAUACUUCUGUUUUGAACAAGCACCUUCAGGAGUUGAUGGACGGACUGACCGCCAAAGUCUUCCGUACCUUCAACGCCUCCAUCACCCUGCAGCAGCAGCUCGUGCAUCUCACCAGCGCUGAUGAGAACCCCACGGCCAAGAUCCUGUCCUACAACAGGGCCAACAGGGCCGUGGCCAUCCUGUGUAACCAUCAGAGGGCUCUACCAAAGACCUUCGAGAAGUCCAUGCAGAACCUGCAGGCUAAGAUCGAUACUAAAAGGGACCAGCUCGUUGAUGCCAAGAGAGACGUUAAGAGCUCCAAGGCAGACGCUAAAGUACGGAGAGAUGAGAAAUCCAAAAAGUCUGUGGAGGCCAAGAAGAAGGCUCUGGAGCGGAUAGAGGACCAGCUGAUGAAGCUGGAGGUGCAGGCGACCGACCGCGAGGAGAACAAGCAGAUCGCUCUCGGCACCUCCAAGCUUAACUACCUGGACCCUCGCAUCUCCGUGGCUUGGUGUAAGAAGUGGGACAUUCCCGUGGAGAAGAUCUACAACAAAACCCAGCGCGAGAAGUUUGCCUGGGCCAUGGACAUGGCAGAGGAGGACUACGAAUUUUAAAAUCCGUUUUAAAAUGUGGUUUUAUCUAUGACACACUCGUUUUUUUUAUCGGAUACUUGUUUUUUAGCUUAACCGAACUUCGCUCGAUGGCCAGACCCCGAUCAGGAAUUUCCGACAGUUUGAGCAGAGAAAGCAGCGAUGGAGGAGGAGGCCAUCAUGACGUGGCAGAAGGGGGUUGUGGGUAGUCUUAAACGUCUGAUCUGAGAUCAGGCAUAAAGGCUGAACUAUACCCUCGACCGAGCAUCAAGGCUUUAGCCCCCGUAAGUGGAAGACCUUUGUACCUUCUUGUCUCUCGCCCUCCGCGGGGACGAUGCCUGAACUCUGAACUCUGUGGUCCUAUAGCUACUGUAUUCAGCAAAAAAAACAAAAAAGGCUUUGUAUCAUUUUUAUUUUCUCUGUUCACUUGCUUUGUAUUUUAGCCCUCCCAUGUAUUAUUAAGGAAUUCUAUAUUUUGAUAGACAAAGUUAAAUCAAAUGAAUUCCUUAACUACACCCACGCGCCUUUCGAGGAAAUGGAAAUGUGAGCUUGAGUUGUGUGUGUGUGUGCAUGAGUGUGUGUAUGAGGGGCUCGGCCAUGGAUUUGUUUGGGUGAAUAUUUCAAACUGGACUAUGUUGUUGUUUAGCAUGACAGAGGAUGUCUGGGCAGGCAGAGGGGAGGAAAUACUGCAACCAUGUCAAUAUUUACUUAAGCAAGCAGAAUGUGAAUAUUUAGUUUUACCACCUCCAUCAGGGACUUGUUUUUCAGUGUAAAUGUGAACCAAUCAUUUGUACGCAUCCUCCGAAUCUAUCUGCAGCGCUCUGUCUACAUCUGAUUUUAACUUAAUUUAACAAUUCAACAUUUUAAAAAACACAAACGCCCACAUAUGUUACUUGAAGAUAAUGCUAUGAUAAUGUAUUUAAAGUCAUUUUAAAUGGAAAGUGUUUUUCUUCCCAGAAAAGGGUAUGUGAGGGAUAUCAACUUUGCCAAAAAAAAAAAAAAAAUCACCAAUCUGUUACAACUUAGGCAGGUUUUUUUUUAAUUGUGUAAAAAUUGAGGAUAUAAUAAUGUAACAUUCAAUGUGAAUUAUCAGUUCAUUUUAUUCCACUUUUAUGAUAGGAAAUGUGAUGUUUGUAGCUGUAAAGUCAGAACAUCCUAUUCCUGUUUUACCUUUUUGUCAUAGCCUUUGAUCAUGUUUUAUUUGAGUUUUAUGCUCAUUGUAGGUUGAAAAUGAAUAAAAUCCUACAAUUAAACACA